AUGCACGUGCCAACACAUCCAGUCCGGGAGCCGCAACGCGCACGCUUCGCCGAUGGCCUCCGCCCUCUGCGCGCCAUCCCGUUCAAUGGCUCCGCCUUCCACACCCUCGCCACCGACCUCCGCCUCUGGUUCCUGUCCACCUGGCUCGACUGGCUGUUCCUGAUCCUCGCCGGCGCCGCUGCCGCUGCCGUCUGGGUCAUCCCCCACACCCACAACCGUCUGUUCCCCGUCACCUACUUCGACGGCUCUGGUGACGUGGUUUGGCCAGAGAUCGCCUUCCCCUACGUCGAACCCAUCUUCGACUCCACCGCCGCCGGCAUCUUGUGCGCCGCUAUCCCCAUCCUGUCCAUGCUGAUCGCGCAGAUCUGGAUCCGCAGCUUCCUGGAUUUCGCAAACGGCUGUCUCGGCCUCGUGUACGCUUUGGUCACUGGCACGCUGUUUCAGGUCGUGCUCAAGAAAGUCAUCGGUGGGCUGCGCCCGCAUUUCCUGGCGGUUUGUGAGCCUGUCCUUCCGCCGCGAGAUGGGAGUUCGGGUGUCGGGUUUCAGGGAUUGAUGUUUACUGUCGACCAGGUGUGCACCGGUGACAAGGAUAAGAUCGCCAACGCCAUCGAGAGCUUCCCUUCCGGCCACUCGAAUAUCGCGUGGGCGGGUAUGGGAUAUCUGGCCAUCUACCUAUGGGCCCACUUAGGCAUUCGCAGUGUGAGCAUGCGGCGGCCGAGCUUCUGGCGCAUGUUGAUGGUGAUCGCCCCUAUGUGGUUCGCAACGUACAUCUGCUCCUCAGUGGCAUUGGGUUAUCACCAUCACGGCUAUGACGUUAUCUUCGGUAGCCUGAUCGGCAUGGUCAUGGCUGUCUUUGGUUAUCGCAUGGUGUUUGCAAGCGUCUUGGACAGGAGGUGGAACACCGUCCCACUCGUCAGAGGGCAACGAGGACAAAUCGACGACGAGGAGCAGCAGAUCAGAGGCGCCGAUGGCACGACUGAUGACAACACGCGGCGUGGGGCCCGCAAGAUCAGAGAUAGCGAGGAUACUUAUCCCACGCGAAGCCGCUCAAGGAGUCUUCUGCGAGGUAUCCGUGAAGACAUGCCAGCUGGAAACCCGCAGCCUCAAUGA